CCUCCGUCCGUCCAUGCUCCCACGGGGACUUCCAUGCCUCGUAUACGCUUGCAGGUGGCGCUCCGGGCAGCUCUGUUGUCAUUGAUUGCGACUUUGUUUUUUGCAGCGCCCGAGGGGCCAUGUGCUGUAUCCAUCUAUGUAGGUAAUUUCUGCCAACUGGGCGCUUGGCUGCCCUCGCAUUGGUCCAUCAGCGUUGCCGUUCUGCCGUCAUCGCGCGCGACUGGGGGCCGCCCGAUCUCGCCGACUCGACUGUUGAACGUGGGCAUCGCUCCCUGGGCAAAGGGGCAGCAAUCAUCCCUUUCUUCCUUUCUGUGGGGAUAG